AUGGGAAUAUUAGAAGUGAUGGAGGAACCUUUACCUUCCGAAUGGGAAGUGACAAUGUCCCGCUCGAAGAACAUGCCAUACUAUUACAAUGUACAAACUAAAAAAGUCUAUUGGGUUGACAAUGACCUGCCACAAGGCUGGUCACAUCAGUUCGAUCGUGAUGGUAAGCGCUUCUAUUUUCACGUCCGAGACAAGAAUGGCACCAUCUCGUAUGACAAGCCUGUGCUUCAUACGACCUCCAGCUCAUCUCUACUACCUCCUUUAUCGAACAACGUGGUCUCUCCUGAGCCCGUACCGAUUCCGGUGCCAUCCUACAGCAACUCGGAGUCACCCAGAGCUCUGACAACGGACUCGCCCAAUGGCCACACGCGACCUGAUUCGGGUGAGCCGCCACGACUCGUAAGAAAGAAGUCAAACUCUUUAAUGGAUUUGCUAAGCCCAGGACCUCCUGCUCUUGGACCGGAGGAGAAGACACAAGAUGACGAAUCCCCGAGAGCACCACUAACAAAAGUUUCCGCGACGAUGAAUAUUUACAACUUGGUAUCGGAUCCCGAGAGGUCGGCUCAGAGUGAGGGCAGACUCACUAGCUCCAAGAGGUCGUAUGGAGCCAUGUCAGGUGAUUACAACGACGAGAACCGGGAGAAAGAUCCGGAUGCUGCUGCAGCGUUUUACAAUCAGCUGCAGCGUAGCGCUCAGAGUGACAGAGCGGACAGUUUGCUUUUCCAUAUGCGUGCGCUGAACAAUUGGGUGAAAUCUGUUUUGAUCAACGAGUUUUCUAGACGUGAGGGGGAUCGGGUGCUGGACUUGGCGUGUGGCAAAGGUGGAGAUCUAAUGAAGUGGACCAAGCGCAAUCUAGCAAUGUACGUGGGUGUGGAUAUUGCUCAGAAAUCGUUGGAGGACGCUGUGGAGCGGUACAUUUUCUUCUCACGUGGUGGAAAAAGAGUAGGCGAUCGAGACAGGAAGAAGGCCGAGGUGCAAUUCAUUCAAGGCGAUCUAGGUGUCGUGGACUUACUGCAUGAUGUGAUGCACUGCUGGAGCGAACAUGAAGGAUGGCACGACGCGGUACCGCUGCCGAGCACAGCAGUUGGCAGUUUCAAUGUUGUGUCGGUACAAUUUUCCUUUCACUACAUGUUUGGUGACGCAGAGCGUGCAAAUCGUUUCUUCUCUACCGUACACGAGCUACUUGCUGAUGGCGGCGUACUGAUCGCAACAACUGUUGAUCCGAACAAGCUGUUGAUGAAAUAUUACCAGGGUUUGCGGCCACCGGAGAAGGAAAAAGAAGAUCAUGCUAUGAACAAACCUGAUGUGAGUAUUAUCGAUGAGAAGAAGCGCGAGGUUUGUUGUAUCCAUUUCGAUGCAGCUACGCGCGCUCAGUUAUCAGGAUUCAAUGCCGCUUCGAAAGGAUCGUUUGGAAUGCGCUAUAACUUUACACUGCGUGAUCGUGUGGAGGGUGACACGGACGACGGCGGUGGUGGUCAGGCUGUAGACCUUCCUGAAUAUCUUGUACCAGACGAUUUGGUUGCUGAGCUACUACGCGAGCACGGCUUUGAACUUCUUUUGAAGCAGAACUUUCACUACUUUAUUAAACAGCACAAGGACCAAGAGUGCAAUCGUUUGCUGCUGGAAAAGAUGCAUGUGACCAAUAUUCGCGGCUCUAUAUCAGACGCUGAGUGGGAAAUCGCUGGUCUUUAUCAAGUACUCGCUUUUAAGAAGUCCUAUUAA